AUGGAUUUUCAGCCCAAUACUUCUCUUCAUCUAAGCCUACCCAACGACCAAGUCAAUUUAGAUCUUGUCCUGGAGCCAUCAUACACGUCUUCCUCAUCAUCUCUCAGUCCUUCAGAACAGCCGCGUGUGUUUUCUUGCAACUAUUGCCAGAGAAAGUUUUACAGCUCACAAGCACUUGGAGGCCACCAAAAUGCUCACAAGCUCGAGCGGACUUUAGCCAAGAAAAGCAGAGAGCAGCUAAGCUCCGCUGCCCGAGCUCAUGGCGGCUCGAACCAGAGGCCUGCAGGGUCUAAUAGCUUCAGCGAUUCAAGUCAUCCAAGGCAAAUUCACGAGGCACAUAAUCUUGGUGGGUUGAAAGAACAUCAAGGACAUGCUGGUAGGUUUGCUGGCCAUAUGAACUGUGGAUAUAGGCCUGAGAAUAAUGUUGAGGAGGAGAUUGGCCACCUUGACUUGUCUUUGAGGCUUUAA